AUGGUAGGACGAAGCAAAACGCUGCAGAUAGCAGCAACCACAAUCAACGUGAUAAUAUUUAUCUUCCUGUUAGUAAUCAACUUCUAUGCAAGCAGACCGAACGAAGGUCCUUUCAAACAUCUGUUUGGAAACUAUUCGACCGGGGAUGUAUCUGACAAGUUCUACAUCGAAAUCACUCCAGCAGGUUGGGCAUUUUCCAUUUGGGGCUUAAUCUACACUUGGCAAGCAUCAUGGAUAAUCUACAGUUUGACUCUGCUGUGCAGAAGUGACAAUUUCGAAGUCAUAUCUCCCGUCUUGCUUUUCAUCUUCACACUAACGAGUGUCGUGAACGUAACCUGGUCAGUACUAUGGAGUCGUUUGAUGAUUCAGUCAUGUUCGAUUCUGCUCUUUGCUAUUUCGUUCCUACUCUAUGGAGCUUUAACUAAAUCGUUCAUGACUGUAAACGUUACAACAAAGACCGUUUCCAAACGCGAUUUCAUUCUCACACAAGUCCUUGUCAACAAUGGUUUGGGAAUGUACGCUACAUGGUCGACCAUCGCCUCGCUCCUAAAUAUGACAAUGGCGAUUUCUUACUUCCACGGAGUAGCCCAGGAUGUUGGCUGUACGAUUGCCCUCUCCAUCCUUGCUGUGGAAUUAAUCGUCUGGUUUGCGCUGGAGAACACGAUUUUGGACAAGUACACCCGAUACACCUUGACUGUCUAUCCCGUUGUUAUUUGGGCCCUCUCCGCCAGCAUUAGCAAGAACUGGGAUGCUGCCAAACGAAACUCCGUCAUUUCGGUGGUCCUACUUGCUGUUGCUUGCACUCUGCUUGUUGUUCGUAUCGUCAUUGUGGUGUGGAGAGCAACGAAGACUACAAAUCGUCGAUUGGAGAAUGGUUCUAUCUUAUUACGUAACAAUUGA